AUGAUUGUCAUGGGUGGGGAUGGUGAGUUCGUGAUUCUGGGACCUGGCUCUCUAGGGGUGGGCAUCUUGUGUCAAAUCCAUUCAGACAUAUAUUGUACGUAAUUUGUUUCCCAGAAAACUGGCAGGAAAGCGACACACACAGCUAAAAAACUGAAAGACGAUGAGGCGUAUGGUGAUUUUGGCAAUGCCUAUAACCGUUUGGGAGGUUUCAAAACAAUCAUAGACUACCAUGAACGUAUCCUGGAAAUUGCGAGAGAAUUGGGUGACAGAUGGAAUGAGGGAGCCGCGUAUGGCAAUCUUGGCAACGCCUACCAAAGUCUUGGAGAUUUUAAAAGAGCCAUAGACUAUCAUAAACGUUGCCUGGAAAUUGCAAAAGAAUUGGGCGACAGAUCAGGACAAGGAAAGGCGUGUGGAAAUCUUGGUAACUCCUAUCGCAGUCUGGGAGAUUUUAAAACAGCCGUAGACUACCAUGAGGAUCACCUGAAGAUUGUUAGAGAAUUGGGUGACAGAUCAGGGGAAGGAAAGGCUUACGGCAAUCUUGGCAAUGCCUAUCACCGCUUGGGAGAUUUUAAAACAGCCAUAGACUACCAUGAGCGUCAGCUGAAGAUUUCGAAAGAAUUGGGUGACAGUUCAAGUGAAGAAAAGGCCCAUGGCACUCCUGGCAGUGCGCAUGACCAUCUCGGAGAAAUUAAAACAGCUGUAGAGUACGAUAAACGUGGCCUACCAAUUGCGAAAAAAAUGAGUGACAGAUAUGAUGAAGGAGUCGCGUAUGCCAAUCUUGGUAACGCCUAUCAAAGCCUGGGAGAUACUACAAAAGCGAUAGACUUCUAUGAACGUCACCUGAAAAUUGUGAAAGAACUGGGUGACAGACAAGGGGAAGGAUCCGCUUAUGGCAAUCUUGGUAUCGCUCAUCUUAGUCUGGGAAACAUUAAAACAGCGAUAGACUACCAUAAACGUCACCUAAAAAUUGUGAAAGAAAUGGGUGACAGAUCAGGUGAAGCAUCAGCUUGUUGCAGUCUUGGCAACGCCUAUCAAAGUCUGGGAGAUUUUAAAACAGCAAUAGACUACCAUAAACGUACCCUGGAAAUUUCAAGAGAAUUGGGUGAAGUAUUGCAAGAGGGAAUAACGUUUUCAAAUCUUGGUUCUAAUUUUGCAUGUCUAGGCCAAGUUCCAGUGGCUAUUGAAUAUUACGAGCUCGGUAUUUCUUUGUUGAAUAGUAUCAGAGAUCGUCCCCAAUUGCACGACGAGUGGAAAAUAAGCUUACGUGAUCAGUACCAAAGACUAUACACUGCACUAUGGUGGCUGAUAUUAAAAGAAGGGAAGGUUACGGAGGCUUUGUUUUCUGCUGAGAAAGGACGGGCACAGGGGUUAAAAGACCUUAUGGCACUAAAUUAUACAUCUGAAGAGAAUGAUGCGGAAUUCAUUCAAGAAAAUAGAACCUUUCACGAACUGUGCAGUGGCCUUCCUCCGAAUACAAUAUUUAUGGCGAUUGUGGAGAAGGAAUUAAUUCUAUGGGUCUGUCAGCCCGAAAAAGAGGUUGAAUUAAGAAGAAAGCAAGUCAGUUGUGAAUAUGAGAUCAACACUUUCUUUCAGUCUCUUUUGGAGAAAACUGGUGCAAGAGAGGAUGUGCAGUGUGAAGAUCGCUCACUUGAUUUGACGAAGGAUAAAAGAUUGGCAGAUAAACGAUCACCUAAAUGUGAUAGACAAACUCAAUACUUGCACUCUCAAGAAGGAGCCUUGAGCACACUGUACGACACCAUCAUUGAUCCUAUCCAAGAUCUUUUGUCAGGCAGUGAAGUCAUACUCGUCCCAGACGGUCCACUUUGCUUAGCUCCAUUUGCUGCAUUCAAGGGACCGGACUCCAAGUACCUUUGCGAAUCUUUCAGAAUUCGCGUGGCUCCAUCCCUCACCAGCUUAAAAAUGAUUGCCGAUUGUCCGGUAGAUCAUCAUCUCACAUCGGGCGUACUUCUCGUCGGUGAUCCGUGGGUGCAAGACGUGACGACGCUACCGCAGUUGCCAUUUGCCAGACAGGAAGUAGAGAUGAUUGGUAGAGUGCUUGGCUGUACGCCUCUUAUUGGAAGACAAGCCACAAAGAAUGAGGUGUUAAGGCAGCUCGGCUCAGUUGCUUUGGUCCACUUCGCUGCACAUGGCAGGAUGGAAUCAGGGGAAAUUGCCUUAGCACCCAAAAAUGGUGAGAUGGAUUUUAUUCUGACGAUGAAAGAUGUAAAACGUGUUCAGAUGCGUGCAAGGUUGGUUGUACUCAGUUGCUGCCACAGUGCUCAAGGCGAGAUCAAAGCAGAGGGUGUAGUCGGCAUAGCACGGGCAUUUUUAGCUGCUGGUGCUCGCUCUGUACUGGUAUCUUUGUGGGCGAUUGACGACAAGGCCACUCUUGAGUUUAUGAAACAUUUCUAUCAGCAUCUUGUGGAAGGAAAAAGUGUUAGCAAAGCCCUUAACCAAGCAAUGAAUUGCAUGAGAGAAUCCAGAGAAUUUGGCGCCGUGAAUCACUGGGCACCGUUCGUUCUCAUUGGUGAUGACGUCACAUUGGAAUUUGGUGGGAGCAAAUAGAUUACCCACAAUAAUGUCGAGGUAAUAAUUUUUGUUGUUAUUAUUUUACACUUAAUACAACAAGAUAUUUUUACUUCUCAAGAAACUAACUGAACACAAGUCCAAGGAAAGAAGGAAAUUAUUAAUUUAGUAGAACUGGUGAAGUAAAGAUUUGUUAAUGUCAUUUCUCAUACUAGCUAUUUAUCUAAAACAGUCUGUAUCCUUUCUUAGUUUGCACAUAUUUUAUUGCAAAAGAUAUGAGACGUCAUAAUCGCUCAGUUGCAUUAAAAGAGUGCCUUCGAAUAUUAGUACCCGUGCAGAGACUGUUAACAGUCUUGACAAAAGAUCGCGAAACCAUUAUUGUAGUAUUAUUUCAAAAGAAUUGAUUUGAAAUAUAAUAGGACAUAUCAUCACAUUAAGUAGCUUUACUAGGCUUGAGUAUGUUUAGCACGAAAAGUCGUCACAUUGCAAGUGAAUCCCUUGUCAGGACGCAGAGCUGUCACAUAUAACGCCUAUAAAUAUGCGUUAUUACAAAGUAAUUUUCAAUGAUUUAUAAUAACUCCUCUAGUGGGGAUAAUUUAACUCGUCACAGUGGAGUUAUUUUUUGGGGAGUUAUUUUAACUCCAAAAAGGAGUUUAAAGAACUCUUUUUCAGGAGUAAAACUGACCCCAGAUAUUGAGGAGUUAAAAUAACCCCCAAAAAGGGGAUUUUCCUGUAACUAAAAUUUUUACGCCACCUUCAGAGUUAAAUUAACUCCAAAAAGAUUUAAAAACAAUCCAUGUAAGGAGUAAAAAUAACCCCAUUUUCGGAGUUAUUUUAACUCCAGACUGGGAGCAAAAAGAACUCUUUUUCAGGAGUAACAAUGACCCCAAAUUUGGAGUUAAAUUAGGAGUUAAAGUAACCCCAAAAAAGGGGGUUAUCUUGUACCUAAAAGUUUUACUCCAUUUUUGAGUUAUAAUAACUCUCUAAAAAUUACGGUGUAACCAAGCGUUUUUUGCGUUUUUAUUGACCGAAGCGAAGUCAAGGUCGAAGUCAAAAAAGAACAAGGCCAAUAUCCAGCUAUCUUGCCGACCGACCAAGCUUGGUCAAUGAGGGAUUUAUUAUAUGGCCAAAAACAAAUCUUUUAUUUGCGGGACCAACGCGGGAAAUCCAUCUUGCCCUCUCGGGAAGCCAAUCAGAAUGCAGAAUUCGCUUAGCUUGGUCGAUCGCGGAUUCAGCCAUAUAAUACUUUAUAGAUAGUAACUAGGGUAGUAUUUAUAUGUCAGUUUUUGCAAGCGACCAAGAGGAGCGCGCACUCAUGAUCCCCCGGGUGAACCUAUCCUUUGUCCUUAGAACCCUUCUACUCCUGUCGCCUUCAAUCAAUAACUGUUCUUUUUUUUUCAGGUGUGCAUAACGGAUUUGUAUUGCUGUAUAAACCAGUUAAGAACCAUUUAUCUCGGUUUAGGUUAACUCUUAAUGGAAAUGGAUCAUAUUCAGCACACUCUUCUUUUGGUUUAUCAUGAAUCAACGACAUUUAAAAAUCAGUAUCAGUGUUUCUUUUUUAAUGUUAAGGCUUAGAGAAAAUGUUUAUCUACCUACUUCAACUUCGUCCUCAGGGCCAAUUUCCUUAGAGAUCGGAAGGGGCUUUUCCCCCCUCCCCUAGCCUCUCCCUUCCAUUUUCUGAGGGAAAAGCCUUGGAGACGAGGAUAUAUUUACUCGAUGUAUGUAUAAUGACUGACGAAAUGGGAUCUUUUUGUCCACGGAAUAACUUUUAGUGGUAGAUAAAGUAUGACUGGGAAAUUAAUGUGUUUGUUCUUUACAAUGGCUAGGCCUCAGGUCUCUAUUGUGCAAUUCACACAGAUCGGACGCGAAUAUUUUAACGUACUUGCGAAUUGAAACAAUCAGUAGAAGUCUCUAUCAAAAGUAACAUGUAAUGAUUUCUAAUAAGCUGAGCGGGAGCUUGUAAUAAAAGUUGAUUCCACUUUUUAAUAAUUCUUUAGCCCCAUUAAUUAUUGGACUUGACAGACGGG